CAUUGUUUCACAUCUCGUUCAACAAAACGGUUCAGCAGAGUGUUUGUUGCGAGGGUUUUCGUGUUGUUGUAAUCAUUAACAUUGGAGAAAAAAAGAAAUUUCAUUUCAUUUAUAAAUAAAAGUCAAAUUACAAAGAAAGAAAAGAUCUGAUAAAAGUGUAAAAAUAAAUGAUAAAAAAGGUGAAAAUGUUGGUGUCAGUGUAAAAAUUGAAUACUCCAAUUAAGUUAAGCUAACAAAAAAAAAAUUUGCAGAGCCAAGUGGUAACAAGAUUUUAUUAAGGCAAAAUAAGAUUUGCUAAAAUGGCCAAAUACUCAGGUAAAAAAUGUCGCCUGUUAUCGAUGAUGAUGCUGACAGGGUUCUUCUUCUUCGUGGAGAUCAUUGUUGGCUAUGUUACCAAUUCAAUGGCUUUGGUAGCUGACAGUUUUCAUAUGUUGGGUGAUAUAGCCGCCUUAGUGAUAUCAUUCUUAUCAAUAAAGAUGUCACCAAAGAAAUGGUCAAAAAAUACAUUUGGAUGGGCACGAGCUGAAGUCCUGGGAGCUUUGGUAAAUGCAGUAUUUUUAGUGGCAUUGUGCUUCAGUAUAACCAUAGAAGCUUGUAAAAGAUUUAUUGAAGAAGAAACAAUUCAUGAACCCAAAUUGUUAGUAAUUGUAGGCGCAUUAGGUUUACUUGUUAAUGUGAUAGGACUUUGCUUACUUUAUGAACAUGGUGGACACCAUGGUCAUUCCCAUGGUGGAGGUCUGAGGCGCAAUCACAGCCGACUUACAGAACUGGCUAAUGUGGACGAAGGCGAAGCUAAUGAGGAAUUUGCCUAUGAGAAACAGAAAGAGAAGCCAGUGAAAAAAUCCAGCCAUGGUCACAGUCAUGAUCCCGGUGCAAUGAACAUGCGUGGUGCAUUCUUGCAUGUGUUGAGUGAUGCCUUGGGCAGCAUAAUUGUGGUUAUAAGCGCUUUGGUUGUUUGGAAAACCGACUGGAGAUAUCGUUAUUAUAUGGAUCCCGCCUUAUCCAUUGUUUUAGUGUGCUUAAUUUUACAUUCAGUUUGGCCGUUACUACGUGAAUCCGCGUUAAUUUUACUGCAAACAGUGCCAACUCAUAUACAGGUUGAUGCUAUACAAAAACGUUUAUUGGAAAAGGUUGAUGGUGUUCUGGCCGUUCAUGAAUUUCAUGUAUGGCAAUUGGCCGGAGAUCGUAUUAUAGCCUCGGCCCACAUUAGAUGUCACAAUCUUUCCGAGUACAUGAAGAUUGCCGAAAAGGUUAAGGAAUUCUUUCACAAUGAGGGAAUACAUUCAACAACCAUACAGCCGGAAUUUGUAGAAAUGGAUGGCGGUGGUUGCAUAAUGUCCGAUGGCACAUCUAGUCUUAAUAUGAGUGGUUCGGAUUGUUGUGCUCUGGAUUGUCCACCGUCAACAGACAACGGUUGUGUCAAGGCAACAUGUUGUCAGAAUAAUAACAAAUUGAAUCAACUGCCUUCGCCAACUGGUUCACCUUAUAUGUGCCGUCAGCGUAAUUCUACGCGUAAUGCAAACGAUGUGGAAUCAGGUUCCUUAUUGGAACCAAUGGCCAAUAGUGGAAAUAAUGCUGCCGGAAUAACGAGUAGUAGUAGUAAUGGUACCACUACAAAUCAAGCGAAUGGAGAAGUAGUCUGACAAAAUUCCAUGCACUUAAGCCGACCGCAACAACAACAACCACAAACACAACAGACUAAUAAACAUUUAUAUCAACAGCAGCAGAAUAUGUUGUCCCAAAACCAUAAUCAUAAUCAGCAUUUAGGUAAUCAGAAACAUCAACAACAACAAGAAACGACGACAACGGCGGCCGCGGCGGUUACAAAAACCAAGGCGACGCCUUUAUCAGCGUCACCCUCAUCUACUCCAUCACCACCUGAACUAGCAACAACCACCACCGUAACAGCUCACAGACGUCGUGAUUUAAAGCUUAGGGCUGAACAACAAAAUCAUGACCAAAUCGAGCUUAACAAAGCAUCCCUCAAACUGGGCGACGAGGUGGCUUUGUAAAUCAGGCCCCCUAAUCAUCCUGCUGCAAGUCUCAUACGAACAUGCAUAAACAAAUCUUAUCUUGUCAUCACCCCUUUCCCCCCACAUCUCUAUAUAUAGAAACUUAUUUACGAUAAAAAAAACAGAA